UUAUCCCUACCUACGAAUCUAGACCAUGGGACAGCCCAUCUGAUACGUAGAUUGUUAGGGUCAACAGAGCAGUGCAUCCAGAUCACUGCCUGUGGAGUCCUGAUGUAGAGUCCCGAGUUAGCUCUACCCAGUAAUCAAGUUACUUACCUCUUCGGUGGGGAGUGGGUUAAGAGCUCAGGAGUGUUUAGAGAAGUCAUUUCUCAUAGAAAUCAAAAAAUGGAAAGUGUUCUGUUUUAACAAAGGCAAAGAAAGGAGUUAGGCUAAAAGGCCAUUCUUAAGUAAAAGGACUUAUGUCAUUUUAUGAUAGGAACUUUAUUAAAGAAAGAUGAUCAUUUUUGUUUUGGAAUGACAGAUUUGUUUUUUCCAGGAUGGAAUGUUGUUAGAUAUUUAUGUUUGGAGAUUGAUCCCUGUUAGAGAAACAGAUUUGAGAGUCAUACAGAUUCUCUUUGUGGCCAGAUGGGUUUGUAUGGACAGGCUUGUCCAUCUGUAACUUCAUUAAGGAUGACAUCUGAACUGGAGAGCAGCCUAACAUCUAUGGACUGGUUACCACAGCUCACCAUGAGAGCAGCCAUCCAAAAAUCUGAUGCUACACAAAAUGCACAUGGAACAGGAAUUUCCAAGAAGAAUGCACUCCUUGACCCAAAUACAACACUGGACCAAGAAGAAGUCCAACAGCACAAAGAUGGGAAACCUCCAUACAGUUAUGCCAGCCUCAUUACAUUUGCAAUUAAUAGCUCACCCAAAAAGAAAAUGACUCUAAGUGAGAUUUACCAGUGGAUCUGUGAUAACUUCCCAUAUUAUAGAGAGGCUGGCAGUGGUUGGAAGAAUUCCAUACGACAUAAUUUGUCACUGAACAAGUGUUUCCUUAAAGUGCCUCGAUCAAAGGAUGAUCCCGGAAAGGGGUCCUACUGGGCAAUAGACACCAAUCCGAAGGAAGAUGCGCUGCCUACUCGGCCAAAGAAGAGAGCACGAUCUGUAGAACGGGCCUCAACUCCAUAUAGCAUAGAUUCAGAUUCUUUGGGAAUGGAGUGUAUUAUUUCGGGAAGUGCCUCUCCAACUCUGGCAAUCAACACUGUGACUAACAAAGUAACUUUGUACAACACCGAUCAGGAUGGUAGUGAUAGCCCACGCAGUAGCCUUAACAACAGUCUCUCAGACCAGAGUUUGGCAUCUGUUAAUUUGAACAGUGUUGGCAGUGUGCAUAGUUAUACACCGGUGACAAACCAUCCAGAACCAGUCUCUCAGUCAUUAACUCCUCAACAGCAACCACAGUACAACCUUCCAGAACGAGACAAACAACUACUUUUCUCAGAAUAUAAUUUUGAAGAUCUCAGUGCCUCAUUUCGGAGCCUUUAUAAGUCAGUUUUUGAGCAGUCACUUAGUCAGCAAGGUUUGAUGACCAUCCCUUCUGAAUCUUCCCAGCAGUCCCACACCUCGUGUUCGUAUCAGCACUCUCCUAGCAGCACAGUGAGCUCUCACCCACACAGCAACCAAAGCAGCCUGUCCAACAAUCAUGGCGGUGGCCUCAGCACCACGGGCAGUAAUUCGGUUGCACAAGUCUCACUGCCCCACUCCCAGAUGCACACACAGCCGUCUCCACAUCCGUCCCAUCGACCGCAUGGUUUACCACAGCAUCCACAGCGUCCCCAGCACCCAGCAUCGCACCCGCAGCAGCACAGCCAGCUCCAGCCCCCUCACCCCCAGCACCCCUCUCCACAUCAACACAUACAGCACCAUCCGAACCAUCAGCAUCAGACGUUAACACAUCAGGCACCCCCAACCCCACAACAGGUAUCCUGUAAUUCUGGUGUUUCAAAUGACUGGUAUGCAACACUUGACAUGCUAAAAGAAAGUUGUCGAAUUGCCAGCAGUGUUAAUUGGUCAGAUGUAGACCUUUCACAGUUCCAAGGUUUGAUGGAGAGUAUGAGACAGGCAGAUCUCAAGAACUGGUCUUUGGAUCAGGUUCAAUUUGCUGAUCUCUGUUCUUCUCUUAAUCAAUUCUUUACACAAACUGGCCUUAUCCACUCACAAAGUAAUGUUCAGCAAAAUGUCUGUCACGGUGCCAUGCAUCCAACAAAACCUUCCCAACACAUUGGAACAGGAAAUUUGUACAUAGACUCCAGGCAAAAUCUCCCUCCUUCAGUGAUGCCGCCCCCUGGCUACCCUCACAUCCCACAGGCACUCAGCACUCCAGGAACGACAAUUGCAGGCCAUCACGGAGCCAUGAACCAGCAGCACAUGAUGCCUUCCCAAGCCUUCCAGAUGCGACGUUCUCUGCCUCCAGAUGACAUCCAGGAUGACUUUGAUUGGGAUUCAAUUGUGUAGAGCUUGUUUCUGCAAGGCACCAGACCCCAGCGUCACCUUUCUGUGCAGUGAAGGGAAAGGUUUAAGAGAAUCCAGUUGAGAAAACAAAGUUGUUAAUCACUUUACCGAUGUUAUCAAAAUUUCUUUUGAAGACAAUCAAAAAGAUUUUGGCUGGAUAACUUACUGCUUUUAUCUGACCCAAACAAGUACUACAUGUUUGUCUCCCUGCCAGCUGCCCUAUGUAGCUCCUAACUGUUGUGUGAUUUGAACAGCUUUUGCAUAUUUGUGUCAGUUUGAUGUUGACCACAAGUGCCAGACUGAUUUUUCAGACAGAGCCUAUUUUGCUGCAAGCAGUUUAUAGAUACAUAUGUGUAAAUAUAUGUACAAAAAUUACUGAAAGGCUUCAAUUUUUCUAAUUGGAUUAUUACGUCUUGAAAAGAAAGUUACUGUGAGUUUUUAUUUCCUCAUUAGGCUAUUUUCUGCAGGAUGCUUUUAACUGAUGUAGGCAACUGAAAGGAAAUAGAUUUUUUCAAAACCCAAUUCCCCUUAUUUAAUCUUUUUUCAGAGAUGUGGGUAUUGAGUUGAACUCAGCAAGUCAAAGAACCCAGAGUUUGAUACUCUCCAAACAAUCCAGAGGGGCAUGUUGUUCCUGAGCAGCAUAAAGAACUGACCAAAUUUGUUUUGAUGGUUGGGGGAUUACAGAGUUUAUGUUGUACCUUGUCAAUGUCUGUUUUCUUAAAUCUGCAUUAGAACAGUUCUAAAAUGUAUUUGAUCAGUUAGCAGCUGAGCAUUGCUUGGCUCUUUAACAAAAUCAUUGCCUCCAUAGUCACCCAUGUAUUUAUUAUUUCAAAAGUGUUAUUUUAAUAUUUAUUGCUACCUUCUGUGAAUGCUCAGCUCAUAUUGGGUUCAUUAAGGAGAAGUGUGGUGUCUGAAAGCACAGAAUUGUUUUUCUUAAGAGUUUACAGACAAGACAAUCAGAUUGUGUCAUUCUCUUUAUCAUCGCUCAUUUUACCAUGUGAGUAUAUUUCUCUAUCUUAGCAUUCCUGCUGAUUGAGACAUAUUAGCUAAAUAGAUUUUUCUGGAAUUCAAAUCAGAGUUCAUUUGGGCAAUAGAACAGCAGGGCACUGUGUAUAAUGCAAGUUUCCUCAUUUUCUGUUUAGGAAGCACUGAAAGGAGGAUAGAGCCACACACAGAUUUUAUUUGCCUCAGUCUUCAGUGCAGAAACCCUUAAGUGGUCUGCUGUUUCUCUUGUCCCGUGUGUCUGUGUAUGCAUGACAUUGGGUUACUUUCUUUGAAAUGCAGUGUGCCUCAUUGGGGUUUUUAUUAGUUUUUUGUUUUGUUUCAUAUUGUAUCAUAGUUACUUUGCAUGGAUUGUCUUAGUUUUAUAAUCAGUUUUAUAAAAGUAACAGAAAUGAGAUUUUUUUUUAAAUGAGUAGGUUUUGAAUUGGUUUUUUAGACCAUAAAAAAAGGCAGAAUUUCUUUCAUUUAUAAUGGAAUGAUACGUUCCAUCAAAUCAAGGAGUAAUAACUGCUCACUGGUUGCUUUUUAGCAUCUCUAGUCUCUUUAUCAGCCAUGCUUAAAUCACUUUAAUUAGCCUUAGUGAUAAUGUGGUUGAGUGUUCUCUACUUGAACGAAACAGACAUCUUUGUUUUUGUAUGUGUGUAUGUGAGAGUGUUUGUCAACGUGUGUGUGGGUAUUUUUUUUUUUUUUUAAUGGAGUGUUGCCUUUAAUGAAUCACUGGGAAGCCAGCCAUAGUAAAGGCUGGUGAGGUUGGGGAAAAAGGAAGGGCUUUAUGUUCCUGUUGUUUGGACCCUGCUUGGCAUGAAAAUGGAAGCUCAGUUCCAGCCCCUUGGAUCAGUGAAAAUCGGAGGAUUCUGGCAAGACCACCAACAGGCCCCUCUUACAUGGAUUAGAGGCCAGAUGAGAUAGCAGCCUGCAGAGAAAAAAAACUUGAAAAAAUGGGGUGGGGGGGGUUCAGUAGUCUGCUCAAGUCACUGUUUUCUAGAUACCAAAAUAGCUGUCUUGAAACUUUAAAUUGCUUGGGUAGCAAUGUGCACUUUAAACAAUUUGGGUAUUAGAAUGCAGUCUUACAUUGAAUGAUUUGAGUAGAAACCACUGAUGAAGGUUUUACAAAUUCUGUGAAGCUAAUUUCCCAUUUGGCAAUCAUUUACUGAUUUGCAGUGAUCAAUAUUUUUAUGAGAAUUUAAACUUAAUACAAAUGGCCCUGGAGGCAGAGCCUCCACUCAGUCCCAUUGCACUCUUGUGAUUCAGGUGGCCCAGGAGCCCAGGACAGGCCUUUGCAGCGGGCUCCAGCCAGCCAGAGCCACCUGGUGAGGUGCAGAGCAUCCCCUCUAGUGGCUGUUUCAGUUGGUAGUUGUUAAUACAGAGCAAGUUCUGUCUUGGGCUUAAAUUGACUGAAGACUUUUGGGGAAAAGUAUAAUAAAUGCAUAUAAUCAAAUGGGGGGGGUACUCUGUCCAGGAGAAUAAUCCGACUGGCAUUUGUGGCAGUUUUUGAAAUGUAAAUGUAUUCAUGUGUGUUCUUGUAAAUACAUGUCUCUCAGAUGUCCUUUGAAGUGGGAGGGAAUCAAUCCGGGGAUUAUUUCAAAUGGAAUAGAGUAUUUUGAUAUUGUUCAUUCAGAGGGUGAUGUGUACAUAUCUAUAUUGUAUAUAUGUGAUGAAAAUGCAUUGGCUUUUUGUGCAAACACAAUCUGCUCUCUGUACUGCUGUUGGACAGUCAGUGUUUUAAUGUUUCUACAGUUUUGCUAUUGCACGAUUUCAUAUUUUGCCUCUAUGAUGAACGGCACCCAUUCUUUGUAACUGUUUAGUGCUGUAAAGAAAUACCCCAAGUGUCAUUAGGAUUGUUGGCUGCCAGAACUGAUAUGCAUGAAUGGCACUUAAAAUAAAUAUAUUAUGUUAACUCUA